AUGCUAUCUGACGAAGAUCCUCGUGUCGAAUAUCUUGGCACAAAUCCUCCAGUGGAUUUACCCAUAUUAUUCUUAAUUUUUAUUUCUUUCAUUACUCACAGUUUAAUCUUCUACCUUCUUCCAUCAUCUUUAACACCAUAUAUUAAAAGUUAUAUAAUAUCAACUAUUCAUGCUUGUGUAUGUGUUAUUUCUGUGUGUAUAUUCUAUAUACGAUCAUCAAUUGAUUUAACACAAGUUAAUCGUAUAUUAGGUGGCGGUGUCAAAGGUACAAAUGAUGAAACUAUGACGUAUAAUAUAUGUUAUACAUCAGGUUAUUUCUUCUAUGAUUUACUCGUUUUAUUAUAUUUCAAAUCGGUUAGAACUCGAUCGGCAUUGAUUCAUCAUAUUAUCAUUCUCAUAGCUGGUAUUUCAGGUGUUUAUACACAUGUUGCUCAUGCAAGUCAUUUUCUAAUGCUUGCCGAAGAAUUAUCAACUAUUCCACUUAAUUUCAAAACAAUUUAUCAUGAACGACCGAAUAUACGUGAUUUUUUUGCUCGUCUAUUUGUGUUGACAUUCUUUUUAAGUCGACUUAUCUAUGGAUCAAUCAUAUGCUCGUAUACAUUUCGAGCAGUACCAAAAUUUAUUCAAAUGGCAUCGAAUUUAGGUGAUACAACAAGUAUUUUGUUUGUUAUGGGACAAGUUCUAUUGUUCAUUCUUACAAGAAUACUUCAUCUUUAUUGGACUGUAUUAAUUAUACGGAAAAUGAAUGCAGAAUUACGACACAAUAAGUAG